UUUGGUUGAACCGACAGCUGAUUAGUGAAAGUGAUCUCGUUGGAACCGAGUGUUGGUGCAUGUCUGAAAACUGUAGUAAUUUAUUUAGCGAAAAUAUUAAUGAAUUGUCUGUUGUUUGAGACUACGUGUCAAGCUACAGUUACCCAACGCGAGACCAGGUCUUCUGAUUCAUAUGUCAUCUCUUGGUGGAUAAAAGAAUGAGAUCUCAGUCUAAAAAGGCUGUGCUGUAUCCUGAAAAUGGAAGUCCGUUGUGGCCCAUUACUCUUCAGCUCAAAAUUUGAUUCUGGUAAUCUUGCUCGUGUUGAGAAGGUUGAUCAUUUGGAAGGAGAAGGGGAGGUUACGUCUAAUGGAAACAUUAGUUCUGGGUUGCUUGGAAACUGUCUUUGCAUUCCCGAUUACGAGUACAAUGUCUGGACUAAACCUGAUUGUGCAGAUACAGAAUUUGAAAAUGGGAACAGGUCUUGGUUUUAUUUUAGUGUUCGAGGUGGUGUUCCAGGGAAGCUGAUAAAAAUCAACAUCAUGAAUCUAAAUAAACAGAGCAAGCUGUAUUCUCAGGGCAUGGCUCCAUUUGUAAGGACUAUACCAGUUAAACCACGGUGGGAGCGUAUUCGUGACAGACCUACUUUUGAGAUGUCAGAGAACCAGUUUAUCCUUUCUUUCACUCAUCGUUUCCUGGAGCAUCGAGGAGCUACCACUUAUUUUGCCUUUUGUUACCCAUUCUGUUACACUGAAUGUCAGGAGAUACUAACCCAGUUGGAUGAGAAGUUUGUGGACUCCAAAUAUUUGUCUCCUAGCAGCCCACCAGACUCCCUUUAUUAUCACAGAGAAUUGCUUUGUCACUCGCUGGAUAAUCUACGGGUUGACCUUCUCACAAUCACUUCUUGCCAUGGAAUGAUGGCUGAGCGAGAACCAAGACUUGAAAAACUGUUUCCAGAUAAUUUUACACAUCGACCACACCGAUUCAUGGGAAAGAGGGUCUUUUUCCUAAGCAGUCGUGUUCACCCUGGUGAAACACCAUCCAGUUUUGUUUUUAAUGGUUUUUUGGAGUUCAUUCUACGUCUGGAUGAUCCCCGGGCUCAGAUACUGAGGCGUAUGUUUGUCUUUAAACUCAUUCCUAUGUUAAAUCCUGAUGGCGUAGUUCGAGGGCAUUAUCGAACAGACAGCAGAGGUGUUAACCUGAACCGGCAGUAUCUUAGUCCUGAUUUUGAUCUUCAUCCCUCUAUUUAUGCAGCUAAAGCCGUCAUCCUUUAUCAUCAUGUUCAUAAUCGUGUCCGAGUAGAUUCACCUGACUGGAGAACAUUUGUCUGCCCCCUGUCUUCUAAUUUGUUAAGCACAAAAACUUUCAGUCAUUCCAAUAGAAAUAGCCUUUUCUCUGAUUUAUGCCUCACAGAAAUGGAGAAAAGCAACAAUAUCAGAAACUCUGGCAGUGGAGAUGAUUUCAUUACUACUUCUCAGGAUAAUCACUUAUCGGAUACAUUGAUGCUUACUGAAAACACUAAUGAACAGUCAUUCUCAGAAAUGUUAAACAUUGAGAGCUGUUGGAAUGUUAGGGCAGAGGAAAGCUCCAGUGAUGGGGGGCACUAUGAACAUGCAAACAAUAGACCAGUUUCAGCAGAGCCAUCAUUCGCUAUACCUCCUCAUGAGAGUGGAAUCGCAUAUUACAUAGACCUACAUGGACAUGCCUCAAAACGGGGAUGCUUUAUGUAUGGCAACAGCUUUACUGAUGAAAAUAAUCAGGUGGAAAACAUGAUCUUUCCUAAACUAAUUUCUAUGAGUUCACCUCAUUUUGAUUUCAUGAGCUGUAAUUUUUCAGAGAAGAAUAUGUAUGCCAAAGACAAAAGAGAUGGGCAGUCAAAGGAGGGGAGUGGACGUGUGGCCAUUCACAAAGCAACAGGCAUCAUUCACAGCUACACAUUGGAGUGUAAUUAUAACACUGGUCGAUCGGUUAAUACAAUUCCUCCUGCCUGUCAUGAUAAUGGAAGAGCUACUCCUCCUCCUCCUCCAGCAUUUCCACCUAAAUAUACUGCUGAGAUGUUUGAACAGGUUGGUAGGGCUGUAGCCAUUGCAGUACUUGAUAAUGCUGACUGUAAUCCUUGGCCUCGUAUUGUCAUGUCUGAAUACAACUGUCUAGCUAAUCUCCGAGCGUGGAUGUUAAAGCACGUUAGAAACACCAAAAGCACAAGCUGUAGUAUGAAAAAACGAAGCACAAAAACCCCUGAAAAGAGCACGAAUGCUAGCAGCAGUUCUGGACUUGAAACCUACCUCAACAGAACUAGGAGCAGUAGUUAUGGUACAAGUGGAAGCAGCAGCAGUCAGCAGAACUCUCCACAGGUCAAAGCCUCUCCCAGUUUUACUUUUGGUUUUAGCCUUGGGACCAGUAGACUCUCAAGCUUCCAGAAGGGUGGCCAUAAAGCAGAGGGAUCAGUAAAAGAAACUAGAGCACAGGACAAGAGACGCCACCAUCAACAGUCUGUGUUAAGAGCAGCAGCAGCCGUCAGUCUCAGUAAUCAUCAGGAUUCUCCCACACAUGACUUGCCUCAGAAUGCUUCCUCUAUCAUUUCCAGCUUCUCCAAGGGCUCUUCACAGCUGCAACAGCCUUCUAGCUUUGGUUCUUGCUCCCUUCCAGCCUCCCUCAGUAUAUCAGGAAACAGCAGUCCUUGCUUUUAUUCCUACAGUAAGAACAUGGAUUUAAUAGUCAUAAAUGGAACUCAUGAAGGACAUCAAGCCCAAGAUGAUUCCACUGUUAAAGAGCAAAGAUUAUUGCCAUUGCAGAAUGCAUCGAAUAUUAGUAAAUUGAGAUGUAAGAAAUCUCUGGACUUUUCAAGAAAUGAAAUGCAACAGAGACCUAGUAAAAUUCCAGUUCGGAGGAAUGUGGUAUCUCUUUCACAGAGCUUUAUGUGCACUAACAGGAAGGUUGGUGAAGCAGUUCUCACUAACAGGAAAAUUGGUGAAGCAGUUCUCAGAGUUUCAAAAUAUGCACGUCCAACUCUUUCAAAACAAAAGUCAGAAGGGCCAUUCUUUCCAGGCUUUCCAGACUGCAAUUGUUUGGCUAAUCAAGAUAUUCCAGUGGAGGGUUCUGCUAUGACUCUGAAUUGUAGACCUCAUCUCAAAUCCAAGAUGCAGGAUUCCCUGUAUGUUUGUGGUUCCAACAGAGAACUUCAGUUGGAGAUUAGUAACAAGCAUUUGAUUGGCACCUCAGUUGAAGCCAGCCAGCUUGCCAGCUACAGGAAGAUUUUAUCAUUUUGUGCUGAAACCUGAUGGUGAUGUUACAUUGCCUUUGGUCUUCAUGACUGAAACUUAUAAAGGAACUUUCAGUUUUUGAUAAAAAAAAUUGUUGCAAAGUUAUAUUUCGUCAUUCCAGAAGGAGAGGUGAUUGAAAUAACAUUAUACAUGUAUGAUACAUGUGUUCUAAAUUUUGGGCAACAGUCUAUAUAUGUGCACCAUAAGUAUGAGCCAAAGUCAGUCAAGACUGGUAUUAACCACUAUUUAAGCAGUGUACAAUGAUUAGACAACAUGUAUUACAGUUUUGUGUGAGGAUCCUUUAAAUGAUAUAAUAAGAAAAUUAUUUGUUUAAUUUGUGAAAUGAAAAGUUAUGGCUUCUAGGAAACACAUUUCUGCACUAAAGUUGGAUUUGCACAUUUUUGAUAUGUUCUGAUGCAGCACUAUGUAGCAAUGAUUUUUCAAUUUCACUUUAUAUGGUACACUUACUUGCUUACUUAGCAGGCAUUUAGCAGAUUUGUAAUAUAAAACACAGCAAGACCUCAUCUGAAUGUGAUUUUUAUACAAAUGUGUUUUUUUUUUCUUUUUUCGGAAAUAUGCUCACUGACCUUCCUUCUCAAUCAGUUUAAGUCCUAUUUCAGUAGCUUGCAUUUUGAUUUUAAGCCUUAGUUUAGUAGCCUGUAUUUUGAUUAUGGCAACCAGUUUCUGGCCUUCUGAACUGAGAAGUGUGGCUCCAGUUUGGAGCAAAAAAAAAAAAAAAACUAUGUUAUACUGUGCUAAAAAUUAUUUUCUUUUAUUUUUCAGAUUUUUUUUAAUUGUGUGAAGGUAACAGGCAUCUUAAAUGCACGAAAUUAGUCUCAGUCCACACUAAGAAUGCUGGAAUUAAAUCUUGCAGAAUUCAAAUGCUCAGAGCAAAAUAUAUAAUAAAGCUCUGUAUAAUAAAGUUUGGAAAAAAAGUGACUUCAGUUGCAAAUGAUAGUAAGCACUUCAGAUGGGUACAUAUUGCAGUGUCUAUAGACUUAAAUUUAUUAUGAAUCAUGGUACCAAUUUAAGGCAUUUCAUCUUGUGUAUUUCUAAACAUUCCAGGUACUUUUACAACUGCGAGAGCUUCCUCGUGUUAAAAAAAUAUCUACGUUUUUUUCAGGUAUUCUUUUAACAAUGAGAAUUGCUUUAUGUUAAUAUCAAGUUUUUGCAACUUUAGACUUAAUUUGGUUAAAGCUAUCACACAGUUUCUCAUGUGUACAGUAUUUAGAUAUGUACAUAUGUAAAUCAAAUGUUGAUGUAAUGUUAAUGGUUGUGCACUUAACACUAGAAUAAUUUGCUAUUUUGAUAUUAAUUUAUUUAAAAAGAUGAUAUGGACAAGAGUGUAAGUAUUAUAUAAAUAAAUAAAUAAAAUGUACA